CUUAGGAACUAAAGGAUAGGCAGUUUCUUGCAUGACUCAGCUUUUAGCUUAAUUCUUUUUCUUUUGGCAUAGUGAGUUGGGGUCCCAAUUUUUAUUUUCCUUUCACAAAACUGAGGACAGAAAGAGGAAGUGGAAAGAGGGAGGAGGAAUGGGUUGUGGGAAAGGCAGGAGGAAGCUGCCAAAGAAGAAAGCUUGGCCAGAUUCCCCCUCCCUUCUGAGAGCCCCAGUGGCCUCGAGCCAGGGGGGUGGAUCCUGGCGGCGGGGAGGGAGGGUGUAGCCAGCCCCAGGGCCCCAUUGGCUGCCUGGAGGUGCCAGGGGAAUAAAGCCCAGGACUGGGUAGCCCCUGGGACCAUUCAGAAGACUGCCCACCCGUCCUCAGCCCCCUCUCUUCGUGGGCUAUCUACUCAGUUGAUCCUUCCCUCCCUCGCUGGCUUGGCUCUGUUUGCUGCUCAGACCCAUCACCUUUGUCAGUAAUGAUGUCUGGAGAACCCCUGCAUGUGAGGACCCCCAUCCGUGACAGCAUGGCCCUGUCCAAAGUGGCCGGCACCAGCGUCUACCUCAAGAUGGACAGUGCCCAGCCCUCUGGCUCCUUCAAGAUCCGGGGCAUUGGGCACUUCUGCAAGAGGUGGGCCAAGCAAGGCUGCGCACAUUUUGUCUGCUCCUCGGCGGGAAAUGCAGGCAUGGCAGCUGCAUAUGCAGCCAGGCAACUGGGCGUCCCCGCCACCAUCGUCGUGCCCAGCACCACACCUGCUCUCACCAUUGAGCGCCUCAAGAAUGAAGGUGCCACAGUCAAGGUGGUGGGUGAGUUAUUGGAUGAAGCCUUUGAGCUGGCCAAGGCCCUAGCGAAGAACAACCCAGGCUGGGUCUACAUUCCCCCCUUUGACGACCCCCUUAUCUGGGAAGGCCACGCUUCCAUCGUGAAAGAGCUGAAGGAGGCACUGUGGGAAAAGCCGGGGGCCAUCGCGCUGUCAGUGGGCGGUGGGGGCCUGCUGUGUGGAGUGGUCCAGGGGCUGCAGGAGGUGGGCUGGGGGGACGUGCCUGUCAUCGCCAUGGAGACCUUUGGCGCCCACAGCUUCCACGCCGCCACCACCGCAGGCAAGCUCGUCUCCCUGCCCAAGAUCACCAGUGUUGCCAAGGCCCUGGGUGUGAAGACUGUGGGGGCUCAGGCCCUGAAGCUGUUUCAGGAACACCCCAUUUUCUCUGAAGUUAUCUCGGACCAGGAGGCUGUGGCCGCCAUUGAGAAGUUCGUGGAUGAUGAGAAGAUCCUGGUGGAGCCCGCCUGCGGGGCAGCCCUGGCUGCCGUCUACAGCCACGUGAUCCAGAAGCUCCAAUGGGAGGGGAAUCUCCAAGCCCCGCUGCCAUCCCUCGUGGUCAUCGUCUGUGGGGGCAGCAACAUCAGCCUGGCCCAGCUGCGGGCGCUCAAGGAACAGCUGGGCAUGACAAAUGGGUUGCCCAAGUGAUGACGGACCCUUUCCGAUCUGUCCUCUCCUAGCCCAGGAGACCCCUGGAGGGGCUGGAGUUUUAUCCAGUGCCUCGAUGUAUGUUUGGUUGAGUGCCUGUAGCCCGGGUGCAGGUUAACUUCUUAUCAGGAGCCCACUAUACAGAUGCCAAAGGUCGGCAGUCAGUAAGGCUAUGAACUGGACCUUUUUGGUAUCUGUGUGACUGCUCUGUGCCCAUCCUUAGCCAACUUGCUGGCGUGACAAGUGCCCACAAGUAACACACCAGGUCCCCAGAGGAGGGUGGAUGGGAGAGACCUGAAUCACAGCAGUGAGGAAUUCCUCGAAGCUGUGACCCUGCCUGAGAACUUGUUCCCAGGGAAGGUAAACAGGGCCACCAUCCAGGGUUGAGGAACCAUCUCAGCCAUCCUCCCAGGAAGCCCACCCCUGACCCUUACAAAUUUUUCUAAUAUGCAAACUUUUUCAUUGAAAAAAUAAAAUAUAUUUAUGAAACAAA